AUGGCACUGCUGCCCACACCCCCACCGAAAUUUACCUGGAUUGAUCACUUUUCGGGCAUUGAGGGAGGUAAACGCCGCACCCCACAGGCCUUAGCGCGUGCCUGCAUUGAUACCCAGCAGCAACGGGACCUUGAGUGUCUGGCCAUCACAGCAGAAGAUGUGCCUACGCGAUGUGAUCUCGAAGCUGCAUUUCGAGGCACGCAACUACAUCGCGCGUUUGGCACCGAUAGCAUCCCUGCCGAAGCCGUGCAUGCCGCCCCAGGCCCUGCCGCAAAAGCGCUCUACUCCUUGGUCCUUAAGUGUGCAAUGAGAGUCGAAGAACCCCUUCACUGGAAGGGCGGCUCCUUGUACGCCGUGUGGAAAGGCAAGGCUGCGCCACAACUAUGUUCCUCCCAUCGAGGAAUCCUGGUUUCCUCUGUCAUAGGGAAGGCCUACCAUAAAAUCCUGCGCCAGAAAAAUGUUCCUGCCUUAACCAAUGCCGCCACGGCUUUUCAGCUUGGGGGCCUGCCCAAGAGGCCAGUUACCAUGGCAUCGCACGUUGUGCGAGUUUUCCAGCAGCUAGCCAAGGAUCGUGGAUGGUCAUUAGGAAUCAUUUUCCUCGAUCUUCGUGAAGCCUUUUAUCGAAUUAUGAGGCCGCUAGUUGUGGGUUUUAGCGGGUCUGACACUGAAAUAGCUGCCAUUGUUAAGGAGGUGCAUCUCCCCCCCGAGGUCAUGCACGAACUCCAUGCAUAUUUACAGUCUCAGACUCUCUUCGAGGCAGCUGGUGCCUCCCCAUGGCUGUCGGCAGCAACCUCAGAAGCUCUGAGCCAUACGUGGUUCCGCUUCGAGCACCACGAAACCGUUACAGAAACCGGUAUCGGAACUCGGCCAGGCGAUAACCUGGCCGAUAUCGUCUUUAGUUUUGUCUUCGCUAGGGUGUUGCAUCAAGUGCGAGAUCGUGUUGGCAAAGAGGUCGGUCUUACCACCGUUCCGUGGGGCGUCAGCAAAACGUUAGGGAUCCUCCUGGACGGCUGCCUCGGGCGGGCUCUUUUGCCAAACCUCGACCGUGGCAAAACAGAAGCGAUCAUAGCAGUCGUUGGGAGAGGAUCCAAGCUCAUUCGCACUCAGCUUUUCCGCAAUGACCCUCCUACCCUCCCUGCCGCCAGCCGUCUCUGGCCAGGGGCUGCUGUUCAACUGGUUCCAUGUUAUCGCCAUCUCGGCGGACUGCUCCAUCAUACCGGGGCACUUCUUCGCGAGCUGCGCAGCAGGGUUGCCAUGGCAUGGGGUGCCUUUAAUAAGAGACGGAAGCGCAUCUUUGCAUCGCGCUUUGUCUCAGUCUCAGAUAAGGUCGUUCUAUUCGAGUCCCUUGUGCUUUCCAUCUUACUGUAUGGUGCUGGCACAUGGCCGACCUUGAGCGAUGCUGAAGAGAAAUGCUUGUCUACCGCCUACUUCCAGAUGGCAUGCAGCUUGCUGAAACCAGCAUACGAUGUCAUGCAAGCCCGAAGACUAGGGCCGCUCCGUGUCUACGCUCUCACUGGCCUCCCUACCAUCGGUACACAGCUUCACCUCUCGCGCCUCAGGCACCUCGCUUCCUGUGUCACGGAUCCGAUACCGGAGUUAUGGGCCCUCCUCCAUGCGGAACAGACGUGGCUCUCUGCGGCUUGCUCAUCUCUCCAAUGGCUGGGAGAGCUCACCGAGGGAGACCGUGUCCCUUGUGACCCGUGCCGUCUCUGGCCCCGCUGGGCGGAGACCAUUCAACGCAAUCCUGGUCGUUGGAAGAGGCUCCUUUGCAAAGCCCAGCAGCGGGCUAUUCGGCGGGAAGCCUGGCAGUCAGCGGGGACAUACCACCAGGGACUCCUCGCCAGGCAGCUUAGGGCGGCCGGAGGAAUUCUCCUUGAGCCCACACUCGAUGCCUGGGAUGCUCGUGAGUGUUGUGGACCGUGCCGACAGACCUUCCCCUGCCUUCAGGCCUGGUCUGUGCAUGCAUUUAAGACUCAUGGUCGAUGCACAGUUGGCCGAGGUGUCCUUAGUGGUCGUCAAUGCCAAAAAUGUCUUAGACACUUUGCGACCAAUCUGAAAUUGUGCAAACAUCUGGCCUACAGCACCUCAUGCCGUAAAAGCCUACAGGUUACAGGGCACCACACGCCGAUCGAACCCGGACAAGGCAGUACCAAAGGAGAGGAUGCCGGGCGAUGUCAAACUCCCGUCCUCCAAGCCGCCGGGCCCACCCUCCCUUUGGAUUCCACGGAAUGGAUUGAUGAGAUUGACCGCCCUGUUGCUGAAAUUCUGGACUGCCUUCGAUGGGUUGGUACUGAUGUUGAUCCUACAAAUGAGCCCGCCAUAUGGGAACAGACCCGACUGGCAUUUGCAAGUGUCUGCACCACUACACGGCGACUUCGCAUCACGGCCCAGACCUUUCUCGAAACAGAACUCCCCCGCCUCCGACGGGAUAUUGCGACGCCCUUGCGGCGAGUGUUGGAAUGGGUACCUACCGCUGACCUUGUUGAAUGGAUCGUCCCUGCGUCUGAUCCUACCCCUGACUCGGUAUGCACCUUCCGGGAUGGAGCUCUUGUGCUUGAUGCCCUUGAAGUCGCAGCUAUCCGCCUACCGAGACCACUGCCCCCGUCUUGCGAGCAGACUACUGUCUCAGUCGGCCCUGAUGAUUGGUGUGUGACCCUGAAUGACCAGAGAAGGGUCGUAUUUCCCUUUUCGGAGUGCGUCGCCUCUUUGCAGCAGGGGGAGUCUCUCUCCUUCAUGGAUGGUCCUUUUGAGGAUGUAGCCUUUGAAUUGUGUCUCAGCGACUGGAAUGGCUUCCGCGACUGCCCGCCGAUCCAGGUGCCGCCGGCCACCUUUCAUCGCCAACUACUCCUCAUGACCCUCCAGGGUGAUCUCGUCCGAUUUGCCCUUCGACUUUGGGCCCGUGGAGUUCCCGCUUGCCUCCUCUUCCCCAAUUGCUCUCGCCCCUUUCUCUCUCAAUUGUUUGAGAUCCCGAGCUUGAGCCUGCAGGAAUCGAGUAGAGGGCACAUUUUGUGCAAUAGCGAGUGA